AGAUAGAGAAAGAGUGAGUGAGAGAGAGAGAGAGAGAGAGAGAAAGAAAUUAAGAAGAGAGAGAGAGAGAGAUGCUAAGGUGAACAGAGCGCAUCUGGCCUCUGUCAGAGGUGACAGCUGUGUCGAGUUGACUCCCUCCCUUCACUAAACGGAGUCACUGAGAGAUUAAAUGUGGGUCUGUGACAGGGAGUCGAGGCUGUUCGCUCUCAGGGAGCCAACACUCCGGCUGCUUCUCUUUUCUUAAAUGUGACACAUUUCCUCCUCAUAUCUCUCCGUUUUCGUGUCGCUCUCUCCUCAACGGCUUUCCGGAGAGAUCCGGGGAAACGGCGCUUCUCUUCAGCGCGCGCGACAGUAAAAACAGUAUUUAUAUGUAUAUAUUUUUUUCCUAAAAUGUGCUCAGAUUUUAUUGUAACACUGACACGUUUCUUGUUAUGAAAUCGUUGGAAAAGUUAUUUUCAUAUCUAAUUAUUAUUUUCUUUUUAAGUCCUGCUAGCCGCUGGCUACGUUCGCGCGCGUAGCCUUGGCAACCGUUACCGCCUCGAUCACUGUGUACGAUUUUUGUAUUUCCUUUUUCCUUUCUGUCUUUCUCCCUUUGUUUUUCUAUUUCUGCCUUUCGUUCCUCCUUCUUUUCUUUUUUCCCUCGCCUAAUGAACACUUGCUCUGCAGCCAUGUGCUCCUGUUGCGGCUCACCGUCCUCCUACAUCGCCUCGCCGUGAAGAAGGAACAGAAAACAGAAAAAAAAACAGCAGGAAAAAUCCAGAUAAUUUUUAAAGAGUUGAAAAUGCCGGUCCGUCGUGGACACGUCGCCCUCCAGAACACCUAUCUGGACACCAUCAUCCGCAAAUUCGACGGACAGAACCGCAAGUUCCUGAUUGCGAACGCCCAGAUGAAGAACUGUGGGAUCAUCUACUGUAAUGAAGGUUUCUGCCAGAUGUUCGGCUUCUCCCGGGCCGAGAUCAUGCAGCAGCCGUGCACCUGCCAGUUCCUGGUCGGUCCGGGCACCAUGAAGAGCGCUCUGUCCCAGCUGGCCCAGGCCCUGCUUGGCUCAGAGGAGCGCAAAGUGGAGAUCCUGUACUACUCUAAAGAAGGGACGUGUCGGCCGUGUUUGGUGGAUGUCGUUCCAGUGAAGAAUGAAGAGGGCGUGGUCAUCAUGUUCAUCCUCAACUUCCAGGAGCUGCUGGAGCCUGGGGUGAAAAAGGGCUUCCGUCAGCGGGUCACACAAGGCUGGAUACGCUCAGCUCAGAAACGCAAGCUGAGGUUAAGAAUGCCCUCUCUGCGGGUCCCUCGCCAGCCCUCCUUCUCCAAAGACCAGUUCGAGGGAGUGGUGGUGGACUACCUACAGCCCCCUGGUGAGGAUGUGACUCUGAAGGACUUCCCUGUCCCAUCUAAAGACAGUUAUCUGCAGUCUGAGACUCAGGCUCUUAUCCAGCAGGAACGUUCAGCACCGGGUUUCUCCCCAACCCCCUCCAGCCUCGACCCCGGUGGGCCACCGCUCCCCCGCAGCCGCUCCCAGGAGAGCGUCCGAAGCCUCCGCAGAGCCUCUUCACUGCACGACAUCGAUGGCAUGAGAGACCAGUGGAACGAUCUGAAGCCCAAUAAUGUGAACUCCACCUCGGAUUCAGAUUUGAUGCGGUAUCGUGCCGUUGGACGGAUCCCUCAGGUGACGUUGACGUUCGGCUCAGACCGGCUCAGGCCGCCCUCCCCCACCGAGAUCGAGAUCAUCGCACCCAGCAAGAUCAAAGACCGCACUCAGAACGUCUCCGAGAAGGUCACACAGGUCACCCAGGUGCUGUCUCUGGGGGCUGACGUGCUUCCCGAGUACAAGCUCCAGGCACCGCGCAUCCAUAAGUGGACCAUCCUGCACUACAGCCCGUUUAAGGCAGUGUGGGACUGGGUGAUCCUGCUGCUGGUGCUCUACACGGCCGUCUUCACGCCCUACAGCGCUGCCUUCCUGCUCAACGAGCAAGAGGAGGAGAGCCGGCGCACCUGCGGCUACACUUGCAACCCGCUCAACGUGGUGGACCUGGUGGUGGACGUUAUGUUCAUCAUUGACAUCAUCAUCAACUUCCGCACCACGUACGUGAACCACAACGACGAGGUGGUGAGCCACCCGGCGCGGAUAGCCCAGCACUACUUCAAAGGCUGGUUCCUUAUCGACAUCGUAGCAGCCAUCCCCUUCGACCUGCUCAUCUUCAGAUCAGGAUCAGACGAGCCUCAAACCACCACUCUGAUUGGCCUGCUGAAGACUGCGCGGCUGCUGCGGUUGGUGCGUGUGGCGCGGAAGCUGGACCGCUACUCUGAGUACGGAGCAGCUGUCCUCUUCCUCCUCAUGUGCACCUUCGCCCUCAUUGCCCACUGGCUGGCCUGCAUCUGGUACGCCAUCGGCAAUGUAGAGCGCACUGGCUCCGCCCGCGUCGGCGGCAUGAAGAUCGGCUGGCUGGACAACCUGGCCGACCAAAUCGGCAAGCAGUACAAUGACAGUGACUCCAACUCAGGACCCUCCAUCAAGGACAAAUACGUUACAGCGCUGUACUUCACCUUCAGCAGCCUGACCAGCGUCGGCUUCGGCAACGUCUCCCCUAACACCAACCCCGAGAAAAUCUUCUCUAUCUGCGUCAUGCUUAUUGGCUCCCUAAUGUAUGCCAGUAUCUUUGGGAAUGUGUCUGCUAUAAUCCAGCGCUUGUAUUCCGGCACUGCACGCUACCACACACAGAUGCUGAGGGUAAAGGAGUUCAUCCGCUUCCACCAGAUCCCUGGAGGCCUGCGGCAGAGGCUGGAGGAGUACUUCCAGCACGCCUGGUCGUACACCAACGGCAUUGACAUGAACGCUGUACUGAAGGGUUUUCCUGAGUGUCUGCAAGCUGAUAUCUGUCUGCAUCUAAAUCGGAAUCUGCUGCAGAACUGUAAGGCGUUCCGUGGGGCCAGUAAAGGUUGUUUACGAGCUCUGGCCAUGCGCUUUAAAACCACGCACGCCCCACCAGGGGACACCCUAGUGCACAGCGGGGACGUGCUCACUGCCCUCUAUUUCAUCUCCCGCGGCUCUAUUGAGAUCCUCAGAGAGGACGUGGUGGUCGCCAUUUUAGGUAAGAACGAUAUCUUCGGGGAGCCCAUCAGUCUGUACGCCAGGCCUGGGAAGUCGAAUGCAGACGUGAGGGCCCUGACCUACUGUGACCUGCACAAGAUCCUGCGGGAUGACCUACUGGAGGUGCUGGACAUGUACCCGGACUUCUCCGACAGCUUCUGGACCAACCUGGAGAUCACCUUCAACCUCCGAGAUGCAGACAGAAUAAUGCAGCCAACCCCCAGUGAGGAGUCAGACUGCGGCUACCGUCGAGCCAGACGCAGGAGACACUCCCUCCGGCGCAACCGACCAGAUGGGAUGGAUAGGGAAGACGCAUAUCCAGACCAGUCAUGCGCCUCCAUGGGGAACCACAGGGGGGCGCUGUCAAGCUCUCAGUGGGAUGAGUUGUGCAGCAGUGCCAGCGCUGGCUCCUUGUCAAGCGAAGAUGAAGUCAAACCCCCAGGGCCCGGCCGGGGAGACAUGUACCGUCCAGAAGUGCGGGACUACCCACCAACGGUGGUCAGCCUCCUUCCCCCCAACAACUCCCCAGCAGGCAUGGGGGCACCCCUGGAGCGGGGAGCACAUCCCUACUCAGGUUCUCUGAAUGUAUAUGGUUACUGGCCCGAGCGCAGGCCGAGUCAGUUUUCGGAGAGUCCGAGGCGCUCGUCGUCAGCACGCAUCUGCCACCACCACUGCAGUGUGUGUUUGGAGGAGAGACCAAGCGAGCUGCAGGCACGACUGGAGCUGCUCCAGUCUCAGCUAAACAGGUUGGAGACGCGGAUGACGGCUGACAUUAAUGUGAUUCUGCAGCUGCUCCAGAGGCAGAUGGCUCCAGUGCCCCCAGCCUACAGCGCAGUGUCUACUCCUGCCCAUCCCCUUCCACCCUCCAGCCUUUACGGGACAGGGGGUCCGGUCCUCCACAGCCCUGCGCCCAUCCCACCUACUGUAAAGAUCAACGACAGCCUCCACUCAUCUACCAAAAGCCCCGACUCCGACAACCUCAACCACAAGUCCCGUGAGUCUCUGUCCAGCGGCAUCCACCUGACCAUAGCCUCGGAUGACACCAUGUCCAUGUCCCCAGAAACAGAGACUGAACCAGUGGCCCCUAGGUCUCUGAGUGUCCCUCCACACCUCCAGGCCCAAACCCAAGCCAAAGCCCAGGCCAAGGCCCGUGCGCCUGGGCCGCUGUGUGGCAGCCUGCGCUUUCCAUCACUCCCUGAACACCUGGAAAACCCCAGCGCCUCGCAGGAUGCAGCAGCGGAGAUCCAGAGGCACCUGUCUGACCCCAUCCUUCCAGGCAGCUAGAGCCCACAGUGAGCUGUGGUCUGUUCUAUUUCCCCUCUCAUGGGCCCUCCACACCUGGGACUUUUGUGUGGACCCACAUCACACUCUGCAGCAGCCUGGUGCUGGCCACAGGACAGUUCGCACUCCUCUAAUUGCACCUUCUUCUCUUUUCUCCCACAUCAUCUGCAGAGGUUUAAAGGAAUCGUAAGCUGCUACUGAUGGACCUGGGCAAGUCCACGUCCAGCACUAACGCACAUAGACAUGCUCAAAUACACAUGCAAGCGUAGCCGGCGUGUUUGCUUCUCGAAUUGCACUCAGAACAAAGCACAAAUCAAACACUGAACAAAACUUGGCUCUCGUAAACGAAGCCAUUACAGAAGAUGUUAUUUAUUAGUGCAAAACAUUCCUCUGUAGAUCCACGCAGGCACGUAGCCAUUUAGGUCGACCGGUCGACGAAACACAGUUCUUUUCUUUGUAACCUACUGUAAGGUUCUGCUUGUCAUUCUCAGUCAAAUAGUUUGAUCAAUUGCGUUUUAACAAAUGGCUUUAAACACUGCCGUCUGUGCAGUCGCAGCAAAGUAGUUGAACACAGUUGUGGACCGUCCCUUAUUUCAAAGAGUCACACGUUUGGGGGAGCAUAGCAUUUCCUUUUCCAAAUCUAAAUUUCAGCAAUGCAGCAAAGGCAUACAUUUUAAGCGGAUUAUAAACAGACUACACACAAGAUACUUUUUUUAAUUAAACUUCUCAGCAGAUCUGCUGAAACACAGAACCUUCUCAAGAGCGCGAGGGCCAGCAACCAGACAGAUCUGACCAGGCAGAUCUCCAGAAAUGCCUGUCCAAGACUGUAAAAAACGAGGAAGAGCCAGAGUCCGGCUGCCUCCUGCACCAGGGCGCAUGGAGUUAAACCUGUGCAUAUUUACUGUACGUUCUUCAAAUGCUUUGAGGAAUUUUGUGCCAUAUCUCUCCUCAAUGAAGAGAGAGGAGGAGAUCUGCUGAUGAAAUGAACCGUUCCUCCCUUUUCCCUUCAGAGCUUUUCCAGUAGCAUCACUGUUCGGAACCCCUUUUGAAAGCUUUUCUUCAGAAAGGAACGCAGGACAAUAUUGCAGCGUUCACAUUUUUUAAAAAUCUGCAUGAAGCAUGAUGUGUCACAAGGCACAGCUUCACGGUUAUCAAAAUGACGAGAUUUUGCUUUGGCAAAACAAUAUCUGGCUACAGUAGACCCUCCGCUCUUGCUUCUCCAGACUGUUGAGCUUCUAGGAAUUGUUCCUGAAAAGCAGCACCUUCACUGAGCGAAGGACAUUUGCUUCCCUCUCUGAAUCUAACUGGGAUGUGUUGGACCUGUUAAAGUUAUUCUCACCAGAAAUUGCUAUUGUAAGAAAAUAUCUUGGGCAUUUUCUAACUGUAUUUCAUGUUAUUCAGCUGUUGUUCAGCUACAGAAAUGUGUUUUCAAUGUAUAGAAUUUUUAAUUUUACAAUUACGGUAUAUUUUCAAGGAGCGUUCAGUUCACAUCUGAAGUGGUCACAUCAGGUGACCCAAUGACUUCUUUAGAUGUGAUGGACACAAAGAGAAAAGCUGUCUGAUUUAGUGGAUCAUGUGAUUUCAAAGCGAGGAAUCGUGCACUGUGGAAUGCCCUGACACACCAAACCACUGGCCAUCAGACACUGUCUGGCCAAAUGCCGCAUCGUGUCCUGAGGGAAAGCAAGUUCAACAAUUCAGUUUAAUACUACUCUAGAUAUUCUUGGCACAGGCUGACCGGUCAGCCCAGAGUGAGUAGUCACUACAGUGUCCAGCCACCACAGAACCACACGCAGCAAGUGGGAAUAGGGUAAUUCAGCUCACUCAACACUGAGUUUAAGAAACCAAACUGAGUGUUAACUGAGACUUGAUGAGUUACCAGUACCGUCGUUCGCCACAGCCUGAGGGAAAGUGGGCUGGGGAGAACGACAGCACAGACAGUAGCUUAAACAAGGUGGAAAGACACGCUCAGUAUACAAAUAUAUGGUGCCAAGAGCAAACAGGAAUGAUGUGAGUUUAAAUGUAAACAUUUAUGCAGUCAGAUACACAACAAUCCCUCAGCACAACUACUGAAUCAACUGAUGUUUUAGCCAAAAACAUUAGAACAUAUUCCGACCAGCUUCUCCUAUUCACCAUCAUUAACAUGGGUAAUUCAGAAUAGGCUAAAACUAGGCUAGUACUUGGAUUAAACAGUGUGUCGCCUGUUACAAGUGUGCAUAUAUAACUAGAAGAGGGGAAAACAAUUGUAGCCACACUAAGACCCAAUCCCAUUUCUUAUUGUUACCCCUACCCUGUGUUUUCCAGUGUCAUCUUGCCUCUUGGAACCGAGUUACAAGGGGUAGUGGUUGAAAUCUUCACCUAUAAAAAUGGGACCCUCAAAUAAAAAAGAACAUUACUUCAUUAACAGCUACUAGCGCUGCUCUGUAGGUGACCCUGCCAUACUGCGGUGAUAGCAGAGGAGGGUAAAGUUCAGCUCCUCACUGCUGGGCUUUAGUUACAUUUAGGGAAUCAUAUGCCUUCAAAGAAUGGGGACCAUUACUUAUCGUCCACCCCUAAUUGUUCAGUGAUAUAAGACUAAGGUUGAAGAUGAAGCUCCUUGUUUCAAUUUUCCCACUCCACCUUGAAUGGUGCAGCAGUUUUGACACCAUUUAAGGUGGAAAAGGAAAUUUUGCUAGCUAGCUACCGAGACAUCAGCAUACACGUAGCAUUUUUUUAUUAUGCUUGUUAUGAAGAAAAGGCCCAUUAUACAUUGAGAUGACAUUAAACUGAUAUAAUACAAUGGUUAUCGUAAUUCUAAACAGAAAAAUACUCACACUUGUUUUUUUUGGUCGCUUGCGCAGACGGUUUUUCUUUUCUUCUCUUAACACUCUGGAGACACUUUGGAGGGUCAUGUAGCCCUAACACUUCUACCUACCCCUCCAUCUCUAUGCGUGCAAAACAGAGCGGGCGAGGGGUGAAAUGGGAUUAGGCCUAAAUCUUGAACAGUCUUUAAAAACAACCCAUUACUGGCCUGUUUGUAUUUGUCCAUAAAGUCAACUAACUACUAACAGCUAAACUAGUGAAUAUAGUGAAUUUGAGUUAGUUUUCAGCUUAAAUAGCUACUUUCUGUAGUAUUUUUAAGUUAACUGAAAUCUUCCAUUAAGUUGUGCAGUUAGGUUGAGUAUUCUGAGGCACCAAAAGAAAACUGCUGCCACUGCCUGCUUCCAUUCAACAGAAGUAUGUGUGUCUUGGCUGUCAGCUUCGGUCUCUGCGGUGGGUCUGAGUGUAAAUUUUACAGAAGACGGGAGGCGAUGACGAUCAGUCGGUCUUGGCUGACGCCGGUUCUUUGAUGUUGGCUUGGUGUGUCAGGGCUCUAAAUGCGGUUAUUUUGAAGGCCUCUUCUCUGCUUGGGCGUGCUGAAGCGUAUGUGUGAGUGAUAGUGGGAUGCGUCAGACGUGCUACACAUCAUGAGACGUUUGUGUGUUCGAAAAACUUUCACUGUUUCUGAAAUGUAAUGUGUGUGUGUGUGUGUGUAUGAGUGUGUUCCUGCAUUUUCUGGAAAAAAAACACCUGAUUGGUCAGAAUGGACUCUUUCUGUCAAUGAUUUUUUGGAAAGAUCUGUGUAGAUCAGUGCGUACUGCUCGUGCUCAUGUGAAGGAGGUGAAUGUAUGUGUAAUUCAACUGAAAACCUUCUGGGACUGUUAAGGUUUCCAAAAGCACAAAAGAACUAUUACUGUUUUUUUUUUUAGAUUAAAGAUUAUUUAUAACACAUAGUACAGAACAUGCUGACACUGUA